GCACGUGUGUCAGUUUUGUUUUUCUUGUUCAAUUCGGUGUUCUGCGGGAAGCAGACAAUAAUUGUAUUUAUUUUAAACUUGGGAAUAUUUUAACAUAAAAAUGGGAGACUUUUCAAUGUUUUCUGACUCAGAAGAAGAAUAUAAUGCAUCUGAUGCAGAAAUUCAAGAUGCAUUUGCUCGAGGUGACCUUAAGCCUGGACUUAACAUCGAAUUCAAUCCUCGCAGUGAAAGAAAGAAUGACAUUCUCAAAAUGGCUGCAAAGCUUGAAGAAAUGAAACAAGACUUGCCCUGGAUCGAACGCAUGGACAUGGUAAACGACUUAGCACCCCUUGCUCCAGAACUUGCCAUCCAACUAGAGAAACACGAACAGAAACGCGCAAGUGUAUUCAAAGGCAACGCCAAAAUUCCCUACCUCCGGCCAGAGGAAGAUCCAGUCUUGAAUGAUUUCAAACGAGAAAUGCUCUUCCAUCGUCAAGCUCAAUCGGCUGUCCUCGAAGGCAUUAAAAAACUCCACGAACUGGGCAUAGCCACAAGAAGACCUGACGAUUACUUUGCCGAAAUGGCAAAGACAGAUGAACACAUGCAAAAGAUUCGCUCCAACCUGAUGGCCAAACAAGAGGGACAAGCCAAAUCCGAACGUAUCCGACAGAUUCGUGAGCAAAGGAAGAUGGGUAAAUUGCUUAACAAACAGACUAAGGUGCAACGUGAAAUGGAUAAGAAGGAAAUGCUCGAUCAGUUGAAGAAAUUCCGAAAGGGUAAACUAAAGAAUUUGGACUUCUUGGAAGAUGCCAAGGCAUUGGAAGCAAAGAAAAAACAAUCGGCUGAGGGUAGGAAGUCAAGAAAUAAGAAAUUCGGUUUCGGUGGCAAGAAAAAGGGAAUGAAGAGGAAUACCAAAUCAUCAGCAGCCGGAUUAGAUAGCACAAAGACGUUCCGUUCGAAGAAGGGAGUGAAGGCAGCACCCGGAGCAAGGACACGACUAGGCAAGUCUAGACGGAUGAAGGCUCGUUCAAAGAAGUAGAUUUGAGAUGUUAAGGAGACGUUUUAGGCUAAAUCUGUAGAAAUUAUGUGGUCCUAUGUUUUUAUUUUCAUAACAAUAAACAUCGGGAUUUUUAUUCUUUCAUAA